AUCGCCUAUGAGCUUGUGCAAGGCGCAUUGGUAAGAUGGAGCACUGUAGGAUCCAGUGCGCGGCCCCCACCUACCUGUGUCUUUGUCCACGGCAUUUUGGGUUCGCGACGAAACAUGCUGAGCUUUGCUCAGCGCCUGACGAGGGAGUUCUCUUCAUGGCAAGUGCUUCUGGUAGAUUUGCGCUGCCACGGGGAGUCUGCCCGGCAUGGAGCAGCAUCUCAUCGGCCAAAUGGGGUGGAAAGUGCUGCCGCUGAUGUCCUUGACCUGCUGCGGCACCUCAAGCUCUUCCCAGAAGUGCUGAUCGGCCACUCCUUUGGCGGCAAGGUGGUCAUGAGCAUGGCUGAUCAGUUUGGGCGAAUAGGCCCAAGGCUGCCGCGGCCGGUGCAGGUGUGGGUUUUGGAUGCACUGCCGGGUGCUGUGCGCGAGCACCAUGCAAGCGACCUGCGCUUGCGGCAGGAUCAUCCAGCAGAUCUCAUUCCCAGCCUGCAGGCGUUCCCUGUUCCCACAGGAAGCAGAACCACCCUGCAGACCUACCUUGUGCAGAGCGGUUUCUCGCAGCGAGUGGCCUCCUGGGUCACCAGCAACCUCAAGCCCACUCAGGAGGACCCAAGGAAGCUUUCCUGGACAAUUGACAUGAAGGGGAUUGCUGAAAUGUAUGAGUCGUACGAGUCUCUGUCCUACUGGCCAUUCCUGAGCGCCCCGACUCAGGGCAUCAAAGUGGACUUCGUUCGUGCGGAAAAUAGCAGUUACGUAUGGCCAAUGGAUGAUGUUGAGCGCUUGAAGGCGUAUGGCCACAGAGUACAUCAUUUACCGCAAGCAGGGCACUGGCUGCAUGCAGACAAUCCAGAUGGGUUGCUGGAAAUACUGGCACCCACAUUUACGUAUGCACGGGCGUCCACAAACAAAUGA